AUGGUGAAACUUAGAAUGGUGUCCCUGUUGUACUGCGCAAUAUGGAUGCAUUGGAUUGGCUGCCUUGACGCACUUCUUUGUGACUUAUCAGAUCCAGAAGAACCACUUGGGAGCCAUGCGCUUGUUAUGUGUCAUAUGGAUACCGACACAAUGGAGGAUGCAAUUGCAACGUGCCCUCGCCGAAUCAACGACAACACCGAAUAUGUUUGGCAUCCUCAACCAACGACCGAUGGGCAUCCUCAUAUCAAAACAUACGUUAAUGAUAACGGCAGUUUACGUUCUCGAGAUCUUUCGGAUAUAGUGAUUACAGAAAAACAAGCUUCAUUUAUAUCGGUGGAGUCAAAUCGGUCGCAAACGGAACUUUACUUCAACUUCCCAUCUCAUGAAUUGUUUAUCCUUACUGAACGCCGUCUUAUAUUCAUUUGCGGCCCCAGAGAUUUAGUAUUGAGCGAUACGAUGCAGCGUCACAUUUACGGUCUCAAAGACACCUACCACAUGGACUUGCUUCCGUGGAACUCAUCGGCACCACUAGUCGAAGAACUAAAAGAAAUAAGGAAGGGUUUAGGUGUAUUUUUCGUGAACAUAGGACGUUCGCACCUACCUCUUCAAGGCUGCGGCAGCCGCGCCUCACCACUUUUUUCACCGGACAACGUGGUUACCGAGGAUAGCUUUACUGGCACCCGUUCAUGUGUGGCGGAUCCGAUGUCAAGCUUACCGAUAGGAUUUGUUUGCGAAGGUCGCAUUCAACCUGAGAAUUGCAUGAAAUCACUCCUGGACAAGAAUGGUUACACUGUAACUGCUCCCUCACCACAUAAAUAUUGGCAUUUUGAUGACCAUAGGCCUUGGGUGGUGGCGCAAUAUUUUGAUCAAUUAGCAUUACCGCCCUUUACAGGCGAAUGCAGGUGUGUCGAUUCCGAAACAGGCCAGGUAAAGGCGAGGAUAGAGAUCCGUCAAAAAACCGAAUACACUUGUGACAUCACUAGAAUGAUUUUUCGCAAUCGUAUUCGCCCUAUUCCAGGCCCUUGGUGUUCGGUUGUCCUUCACCCUGGCAGCACGUUGACCAUAAAGGUGCCGAUACAGAAGGUUUAUCGGCAAUCUUUUGACGGUUCUCCCACUGUUUCAUUCUCACAAAUGAUGUCUCUCUAUGAUUUCGAAACUGAAUUCCUGCCGAAUGACCUGAUGACGCUGCGGCAACUACACGCAAUUUAUGACCUUGCAUCUUACGACGAAAUUUUUUAUCAGGAAAGCCUUGUUGGUGAUGCGCUCGAGUUGGAUGUUUCCCAAAUAAGUAGAGGGGAGGUGAAGCUGAAGUAUAAUAUGGGCAGACCUCUGGCGUUAAAAGGAGGAUCGAACUCAUUCUUAUACCAUUUGACAGUAAGAUCAAGAAACGUGAACAUUCAAGAAAGUAUAAGCGCUACCAUCAAUGUUGCAUUUGCCUUCACGCAUCACUACCAUGCUGUUGGUUGCGAUCGUGGGCCACAAAACCUAUUCGCACCCAGCAUUAGCAAAUUGUUUUGUUCAGCUAAACGGUGGGGUAACGGUAUCGGAGAAACGUACGAAUGCACGUCCUAUUCAACGCUGGUUAUUUCAUGGGCUGGUAUCCAGUGCAAGCCCGAUGAGGAGCUUUUGCCAGCAAACUGUGACUCCACGGUAUAUGAUUUCCACUCGAACGGUGUUGUGCCAUUGCCUAAGUCUGUGCAGCACGCGACGGUCGUCCGUAUCCUAGGCUUUCAAACGUUAGGUUUCACAGACAAAACCCCCCCCGCCAGUAUUGGCUGCAUAUGUGUCGACCAAAGUGGCUACGAAAAGUCCAGGCUUAUUUUGGAGACAAACAAGUAUGAGUCGCGUAGGUACACAGUAAAUGAUGGAGAGGUGGUCAACAUUUCACAACCUCAUAGGUUACUGUAUUGGCAUGCGAUUGGAUUAACUGGCGGGUUGCCCACAUCACGCGACUAUUUGGUGUUAAACAACGUAUCUCAUAAAGUAAUUACUCUGCGAGGAGGCAAAGCGUUGUUCAUACGCUGUAGUGUUGCACCUGGUGCGCAACAAGGCGUGAAUGGCGCUAACAUACGACCGAUGUGGUUGCCAUCGUCGUAUAACAAUCAUCAUUAUACAACAAAACAGACUCCGGAUGGGCCUGAACUUGUUCUUGCGGCACACGGCGAUUCAGUUGCUACUACACCGGGUGGCUUCGAAGUCUUUGCUAUCAUUACCACGCCAACAAAUUACGAGUUGGGCAUUAGAUCGCAAAGACAAGCCGUGGUUAUAUCUAGAGAUCCACUUCAUACGCACUACGUGCCCAUGACAUUUGUCUGUGUUAAGACACCACAACAAUCUGAUUUUUCCGUAGUCGCAAAUGAUGCGUUAACUUCAGACGACGAUGGACAGCGCAAUGCACGCAGAAUCGAAUCAUCACAACGAUAUAAGUGGCACGUCGUGGAUAUUCACGUCGAAACCACCGACCCGUAUAUGCAAGGGUGCGGUGUUACCUACGAGUCUGCUGGAUUGUUCAAGCCCGAGACACCCAAAAUAUACGACGCCGACGGAAGAGAAAUCGGUUGCAAGAUUGACAUUCAGGCUGCUAAGGAAGCAGCGUUCUACUGCCCAGUGCCGUACGUCCUGGACCCACCCAACUGCUUCCACCAAAUGUUAGUAAACGGCAGCGUCCAGAACAUAAACGACUUCAGCCAUUCUUUGGUAGCGUCACAUUCCAAUCACUUUGUCUUACUAUAUUCGUUCAGUAAACUCUCAGGACAUGGGGAAAAGCUGCGCCAAUCUCCGCCACUUGAAUGCCGCUGCGUCACCGUCAAAGGCAUCGUCCUCUCCACCAUCCAAAUCGAGAAUUACUACUGCAAGGAAUGA